UUGGUUCGGGUCUGCUGCUACUUGACAGCUAAAGUUUCUCUCGAGUUCUUCGGUUCAGAAACACCUUGUCAUCACUUUCAUAAUUUUCUGAGCGGUGGCAUUAUUGUGUGACUAGUUACUUGUUUCAAUAAAAAUGCAACGUAUCUCUAAAGCAGCACAGCCUUGAAAGCAUGAACUUGUUAGGGGAGCGGGUUUGACACAUCAUGCUACUCAGAGCUGGCUGAGGCUGGGUAGACUUGAAAGAGACGUGUCUUUUAAAUAAUAUGAAAAUCUCUGUGUCGAUAUAAAUAGAUAUCACACUUGUUAACAGCAGAGAAGCUUCUGUGGCUUUUUUCUCACCUUAUAAUUGGAAGUUGGAAUUGCAAAGAAACUGUAGCCCUGAGAAUCGUGUGUGGGAACAGAACCUCCCUUAAAUAUUGUUUAAUGUAAAUCUCGUUUCAGUCUACUUGAGGUAUUUGGAAUUGCCUAAUUAUCUACAUUUUUUGGUAUGGUCUUGUGUAUUCUUAUAGGUACCAACUUUAAACAGUAGCUAGAACAGUUAAUUUGUGUUAAAUCCUGAAGUUGUCUUUCCCUCUCCCCCCAGCACAUGCUUCCCUGGAAGGCUUGCCAGAUUAAUUACAAAACAACUGCUUUGACUGCGUUUCCUCUGAUAUUUUUAAGUUGCAAAGGCAAAUGAAGCAGAAAUAAUGGGAAAAAAAUUGAAGUGCAUUACAGUGACACCUGUUGAAAUACGUAAUGGGAGCGUUCAAAAUUUUAAAGGUGCUGCUACUUCGGCUGGUCUAACCAACUACAAACGAUGCUUACCUUUCUGGAAAGAACUGUGACAGGCUGCAGCUUCUUGCUUGGCACAAACUAUACAAGGAAAAUUCACCCUGGCUGACUGGUGUCUGAAGAGAUAGGAUGCUGAAUACAACUCGAUGCACGUGGGGAUCUUGCUCACAGUUGCACCUUUGGUUUGCCCAAUGGACAUUAAGCAACGCCGAUUGUUAACCACAAGAGCUCUCUAAGCACAGUGGCUGCUGGGAUGUUGCGACAGAACGGUGGAAGUAACAGGCGUGGUUUGGGAUUAGCUAGACUCUCCAUCUCCAACUUCUUCACCAUCACUAACUCGGGAAAUUGGGUAAUGGGCCGUAGCACCAAGAGCAGCUCUUUGAGCAGCAUUAGCUCCAUCUCGGACUGCUAUGACAAUCCUAUUGUGGAUCCGGAAUACAUCAUGCAGCUGGUGAACGAUGUCAGGAAGUUUGCAGAUAUGCUGCUCUGUUUGAAGGAAGCCAUUCUUUCAGAAGAAGAUCAAGAUGGCCUGCAUCACAUAGUACACGAACGUCUCGGGGAGUUGCUCCGUGUUUUAAAAGCAGUGAUAAAUAAACAUCAGACUCUGAACUCAGUUGAUAUUCUCAGCGCUGCAGGAACAGUUAUUGCAAAAGUAAAAGCGGUGAACUUCAAAGAAGUUAACAAAGAGAACAAGAGAGAACUCUUCAGUGAAGUAUUUUCUUCUAUUGAAACAUUGGCAUUCACCUUUGGAAACAUUGUUUCAGACUUCCUUAUGGGAGAUGUAGACAAUGGCUUGUCACUGGGGCUUCCUGUAUCUCGCAGAAGUCAGUCUUUUGAAAAUCUCUCUGUGGAGUCUGGGGGUUCACUGCAUGAAAGGGAUUAUAUUCAAGGCCAUCUUCAAGCAGAGGAGGUCGAUAGCAUGCUCCUAAGAAAUGACAGUGGAAUCGAAUCGGCUCUGUCCUAUGCUAAAGCAUGGUCAAAAUAUACCAAGGACAUAGUUGCUUGGGUAGAUAAAAAGCUUAGCUUGGAAGUGGAGUGUGCUAAAAACUUAGCCAAAAUGGCUGAAACUGCUAAAGCUAUUGUCGGACACCAGGAUUAUAUGCCAUUCCAAUCCAUAUUCAUUACGGCUUUUCAAAAUGAUAUUGAGAGCAAUCACCUUUGGCAGCAAACAGCUUCUGCUCUCCAGUCUAACAAAUUUGUGCAGCCUCUUCUUGGAAGGAAAAAUGAGUUGGAUAAACAGAGGAAAGAUAUCAAGGAGCUUUGGCAGCGAGAGCAGAAAAAAAUGCAAGAGCUGGAAGCUGCGCUGAGAAAAGCGAAGUUGCUAUAUACACAGCGUCAAGAUGAGUAUGAAAAGGCAAAAUCCUGCACCGCUCGUGCUGAGGAGGAACAUCUUGGCUCAAGUGGAAGCUUUGUGAAAGACUUCAGCAAGCAACUGGAAAAAAAACGGAGGCUAGAAGAGGAAGCUCUUCAAAAAGCUGAAGAGGCCAAUGAACACUACAAAGCAAGCAUGGCAGAGGUUGAAGAAAAAAGAAAUUAUUUGGAAAGCUUUAAAAGUGAUGUCUUAACACAGCUUCGGAAGCUUAUUUACCAGUGUGAUGAUACUCUGAAAGCUGCAACAGUUAAUCUGUUUCGGCUGCAGCAUGCUCAGGUUGUAUGUCUUCCUGUUAAUUGCCAGUCCCUCUGUGAGAGUGCCAAACUCUAUGACCCCGGCCAGCAGUAUUCAGAAUUUGUGAGAAGUUUGCCAAAGGAAGAUGUUCCCAUUGAAUCUGGUUCUUUUGAGACCCCCUGUUCCCAUGUUGAUGGGGUUUUUAAUAGGGAAUUAGCCAACAGUGUCCAUACAUCACAUGGGAACUUAUCACAGUAUUCAGCAGAUUUUCCUGCUCAGAUGUUAGAUGAUGUGGGAAAUCCAUUUUAUCAUCGCUUGCAAAACACUGGAGAAAAGAACUCUUCCAGGAGCAAUGGCAUCCAAGUGCCACGAGGGCCACCACCCUUUAGAUCAUGGUCAGUUGGCAACCAGAGUGGAGGAAUGUGCAGCGACUCUGAAAGUGCAGGAGGAAGCAGCGAGUCAAGAUCCAUGGAUUCUCCAUCUGCUAGCCCAGGGGAUUUUAAAAGACGACUUCCCCGAACACCUUCCACUGGUACUAUGUCCUCUGCAGAUGAUCUUGAUGAAAGAGAGCCACCAUCUCCUUCAGACUGUGGUUUAAAUGAUCUGACAUCUGAAACUGCAAAUUCUCCAGGACCUUUUAGAAAUGCUAAUAUGUCCAAAGCUGCUCAAACACACAAACUACGGAAGCUGAGAGCUCCAUCUAAAUGCAGAGAGUGUGACAGCUUAGUGAUGUUUCAUGGAGCUGAGUGUGAGGAGUGUUCACUUGCAUGCCACAAAAAGUGUUUAGAGACUUUAGCUAUUCAAUGUGGGCACAAAAAACUUCAUGGGAGGCUUCACUUGUUUGGAGUGGACUUUGUCCAAGCUGCUAAAAAUAUUCCCGAUGGCAUUCCUUUCAUCAUCAAAAAGUGUACGUCGGAAAUCGAGAGCAGAGCGCUGAACGUCAAGGGUAUCUAUCGUGUGAAUGGAGCCAAAUCAAGAGUUGAAAAGCUGUGUCAAGCUUUUGAAAAUGGAAAGGAUUUGGUUGAGCUCUCUGAACUCUAUGCACAUGAUAUCAGUAAUGUUCUCAAGCUCUAUCUCCGUCAGCUUCCAGAACCUUUGAUCUUGUUUCGGCUUUACAAUGAGUUCAUUGGACUUGCAAAAGAAAGUCAGAACAUUAAUGAGGAAUUGGAUGCUAAACAAGCUAGCCCCAGAUCAAGGACAAGGCAGUCAAUCUGUAUUGAGCUGAACAGGAUCAUCAUUAAAAUGAAAGAUCUUCUUAAACAGCUGCCUGUACCAAAUUAUAACACUCUUCAGUACCUAAUUGGACACCUUCGCAGGGUUACAGAGCAGUGUGAUGAAAAUAAAAUGUCAGCCAGCAACCUUGGUAUAAUAUUUGGCCCAACUCUCAUCAGGCCACGUCAGACAGAUGCUACAGUUUCUUUAUCAUCACUUGUGGAUUACCCUUACCAAGCCCGAGUAGUGGAGCUGCUCAUAACACACUAUGAAAAGAUAUUUGAUGUUUCCAUUAAACCACUUCUGAGCACAGUUCAUUCUGAGGAAACAGUCAAAGCUGCUGUCACAACAGAAGAGAGGGAGCCACGACAGCAGAGGAAGUCCUUAGGUGCUGUAAAAGAAGGUAUUCUUCUUUCUGGAAGUGAAAGCAGAGCUUCAGAAGCAGCUGCUUUGGUUUUGGAACCGAACAAUAGCAGGAAUACAAAAGAACAAGCAGAUACAUCUGUGACUGAGUGUGUAUCGUUGCUGCUCACUGGAACUAAGCCAGAAGGCUGGAAGAAAAGUAAUUCUCUGACAGACUCAUCAGCUACUGACGUUUUGGAUAUUAACAUUUCUUCUGCCAAAAAGCCAGGUGAUGCUGUGAGGCCAGCUUCAGAGAGAGACGAUGCAUCUGUUUCUUUAGGUGAAGACAGCUGCAAAAUUUAUUUGUUUCCUGCAAAACCUAACCACCAGGUUAACAAGGUCCUGCUGCGGGUUCCAAGGACUAAGCCCACCCCUCGCCCUCUGAGCCUGCCUGCAGACCCAAUGAUUCCUCCAUGUGUGCUGAAUGAAAGAAAUUCUCGCAAUGCAGCAGCAGUAAGUCCAGAGCACCUUGACAGGAGUCCCACUAUUGAAGAAGCCUCAGAGGUGAAGGCACUCCCUGCUGCUAGUACCUGCCACAGACUUCCUUGUUACGACACCCAGCCGCUGCGGAAAGCAUGGGACAAGCAGUCCAAGAUGACAGCGAGAACAGUCAUGAUCAUGACUAAUGUGCCUCAGGAGAGCCAAGCGCUGGAGACCACAGCUGCAGCUGUCUUGGCUUCAUCCUCUAGCACUGGCAACAGCUCUGCCAACGUGACUCUUCCUAGUAAGCCAUAUUCUCUUUCUGUCAGGUCAGGAGAAACAGCAACAGAAGGGAAUGGUACUGAUGCCAAUCCUCCUGCUGCCUUCAGGGCACCAAGAACAUUGCAGCCACCCCCGGGGACAUUUUAUAAACCACCCUCUAACAAAACAAAACAAAAUGAAGAGUGUUCUUUUGCUAAAACUUGUGCACCAACCAGUACUAGCUCUGUGCCUCACCAGGAUAACACUGUGAAACUAGCUAAGAGCUCUACACUUCCAUCAGAUGAUCCUGAGCAAAACGCAAAUGAACAAAAACCUAGCUUGGAGGAGAGUCAGCCCACAGAUCUGAGGCCUACUUAUCAGAGACUGAGACCAAAAAGGAUCCAAGAACUGGAACACAGGGAAGCUCAUUUUGUUUAGGGUACUGGUUACUCUUGGACUUUCUGUGAUUUAUUGCCAUUGCUAUUGCCAGAGGUGGCUUCCUUUUGUCCCUUUUAU